GGUGCCGAAGUGGAUAGACUCUUGUCCUUAUUUAUCAACGAGGAAUAAAUAGGAAUAAACGUUUUUCUGUUCUGAUAAUGAAUUGUAUCACGGAAAAAUGAAAAUUUGAGCGGGAUCGGAUUUGGAAAUGUUAAGCGAAUCGAUCCUUUGUUAAAAAGAGUAAUCGAACAUCGAUUUAUCGGUCAUACUACGCACAACAGUAUUCAUCUACCAGCUCGUUCGCCAUCGCUUGUUGUUCUCGUGGGUUUCGUCGAAAAGUCUCGGCUUAGCUACGUUCACUGAGAAUCAUGGCGCUUAUUUCUGCUAAGACGAUUUUCAGUCCCGUAUUGAAGCAAACUUUCAAGCAAGUUAUCUUCACGAGGCAACUGCCGAAAUGCCAAAAUUAUCAACUUAUCAGUCAGUCAUUCCUGCCAACCAUUGGCAGUCAAAGAUAUUAUGCAGAGAAAAAAAUAUUUUCCCGUGACAAACCACAUUGUAAUAUAGGUACUAUUGGCCACGUAGACCAUGGCAAAACAACUCUGACAGCAGCCAUUACCAAAGUAUUGGCAGAGAAAGAACUUGCAAAGGCAAAAGAAUACAAUGAAAUAGACAAUGCUCCCGAAGAGAAGGCUCGUGGUAUCACUAUUAAUGUCGCACACGUUGAGUAUCAGACAGAAAAUCGUCAUUAUGGGCACACAGACUGCCCAGGCCAUGCCGAUUACAUCAAAAACAUGAUCACAGGAACAGCACAGAUGGACGGUUCCAUUCUGGUCGUCGCUGCAACAGACGGCACUAUGCCACAAACUAGAGAGCACUUGCUUUUGGCUAAACAAAUCGGUAUCGAGCAUGUUGUUAUAUUUAUCAACAAGGUUGAUGCUGCCGACGCAGAAAUGGUGGAAUUAGUAGAGAUUGAGAUACGAGAGUUGCUUAAUGAAAUGGGUUACGACGGCGAUAACACUCCCAUAGUAAAAGGCAGCGCGUUGUGCGCUCUCGAGGGAAAGAAUCCCGAAUUGGGCGCACAGGCGAUCACGCAGCUGUUGGCCGAAGUGGACAGAUACAUCCCAACCCCGCAGCGAGACCUGGACAAACCUUUCAUGAUGCCGGUGGAGAAUGUAUACACCAUCCCUGGACGUGGUACCGUGGUCACCGGUAGAUUGGAGCGCGGAAAAAUCAAGAAGGGAAUGGAGUGCGAGGUUAUAGGUUACAACAAGACGUACAAGAGCGUGAUCACAGGUAUCGAGAUGUUUCAUCAGAUACUGGAGGAAGCCCAUGCCGGAGAUCAGCUGGGCGCCUUAGUGAGAGGCGUGAAGAGGGACGACAUUAGAAGAGGCAUGGUACUGGGGAAACCCGGUAGUUUAAAUGCGCACGACCAUUUGGAGACGCAGGUAUACAUGUUGACCAAAGAGGAAGGAGGCCGGAAGAAGCCCAUCGCGAAUUUAAUCCAGCUCCAGAUGUUCAGCAAAACGUGGGACAUCGCGGCGCAAUGCACGAUAGCAGGGGCAAAAGAGAUAGCCAUGCCGGGCGAGGAUUGCACGUUGGAACUGAAACUGCUGAAACCGAUGAUAUGCGAAAAAGGCCAGCGUUUUACACUGAGAGACGGAACGUUGACUCUGGGCACCGGUGUGAUUACCAAUACCUUGAAAUCGCUUACAGAUUUGGAGCGAUCAUAUUUGCUCGAGGGCAGGAAGCAAAGGGAAAAGAGAGAGAAACAAAAACAGAAACAAUAGAUCUUAGGAGCUUAAGAAGAAAUAUUUGUUAUUCGAUGAAAAAUAAAAAGAAAAGAGUAUUGUGGGAAGAAAAAAUAUGCGCAGAUGCAGAUAACCAACAGAUCGCGAUCGGAAUUUUCAAAUGGAUGUCCACCAAGAUAUUCGACAUUCCUUUAAAAGGAGAAUCGAUUUGACGGAUACGCGUGAUGUAACCGCCACGUAGAUAACUUGAAGAACGCAUUUUUGCAAUUAUACCGCGUGUCAUAGUUCCCGUAGUUUUAUUCGUCGAGGAAGAAAAGUGUAAUUUGUGUCAUUGAAUCAGAUGUAUUAUAAAGGCGUGUUUAUUAAUCA